GGGCGGGCCGCGGCGAGGCUCUUCCCGUCUGGCCCGGCCCCCGCGACGGGAAGUGGGAGCCGGGGGCCGCGCACGGCCGGCCGGGACGCCGGAGCCAUGGAUCCUGGCGGAGCCUCGGCGCGCCGCCGGCUUCUCCUCGCCGUCUGCUGGGUGGUCGCCGCGGGGACGGCGGCAGGUAGGAAAGUUCUUCCACCUCCAUCCAACCUGGAAUACUCAUUUAUACAAAUCUGCACCCUGAACUGGACCUGGAGCCCCCCAGAGAACAUCAGCAGUAGCUGCGACCUGGAGUAUUCCAGCGACAUUGUGAUUGGUGAGGUCCCUCAGGACAAAAGAGAAUGGAGCAAGAGUCGCUUCCGUGUGACGGAUGUGUUCUUGAAUGAGGAAAUGCGUUUCAAAGUGAGAAGCGAAUGCAAGCACAAUAAUGCCAGCAAGCCCAGCCGGUGGGCGGAGAAGUCCCUUCCACUGAAAGGUAUUCCAGGUACUGCUGCUGUUGACUUGAGCUGCGUUUGGCACAAUUUGGAGUACAUGGUUUGUACGUGGCGUCCUGGGGAGAAUGCGAGCAGUGAUACCAAUUAUACGUUGUUCUACUGGUUUGAUGGUUUGAAAAACCAUAAGAAGUGCAGCAACUAUUCUGUGCACCAAGGAAUCUUUGGAUGCAUUUUCAAUCUUAGCUUCCCAAAAGUCACCAAUACUUACCCGGCUAUAAGUAUCUUGAUUAGAGAUGAUUCUGAAGAAAUUAGGCCUGUGUGUGCAAGUAAAAAUCCCACCACCCUUGUAAAACCUGCUACACCAAGACAAGUUACACUAUCAAAGGUUAAUGAUGGAAUACAUGUAGAAUGGAGUCAAUCAGACACCUUUCCAAAAAAUUGUUUAUUUUAUGAAGUUGAAUAUCACAAUGGUGAUUUGGACACCGCUGCGAUAAUUAAAGUUGAAAAUACUAGUAUGUCAAUUCCUAGCGUUGAUCCUAAUAGCAAGUACACCUUCAAAGUGAGAGCAAACCCAAAGCCCGAGUGUUACAGCAGCAAGCUCUAUAGUGACUGGAGCGAAGAAAAGAGUAUUGGUGAGAAGAUGGACUCUACAUUCUAUGUUGUUUUAAUAAUUGCCAUUCCAUUAAUAGUAGCAGUAUCUACUAUAAUUCUGCUAGUUUAUCUAAAAAGGCUGAAGAUAUUAAUUCUUCCACCAAUUCCGGACCCUAGAGAAAUUCUUAAGCGCAUGUUUGGAGAGCAGAAUGAGGAUUCCCAGAGCUGUGCAAAGGAUGAUUCCGUGAAUGCUUAUGACAGGUUAAUUAAGGAAGAAGAAAUUCAUUCUUUAAUUUUAACAGAAACUCCAGCGUACGCUAAUUCUGAAAAAGAAAACUGA